CUGUUAAUGCUGAAUCAGCCUCUUGGUUGGUGCUCAUCCUUCUGCUUCACCCUCCUCCAUUGAGCUACCCGUUACAGAAGCAGAACAAACCAUUCUUCACACUCCCAAUUUCUCACACCUUCCUUCUCCUGCAAUUCACCGCUUAAUCCAUACCCCAGUGCAUCCCAGCUCUGGUUAGUUAGCUAUCGCUUGUUGACUGCAUUAAUUCUUGAUGGAGUAUUGCCUGCGAGAAAUAGAAGGAAAGCAAGCCAAUGAUCCGUUGUUCAUUGAGAAAAUGAACGACGCCAAAUUGUCACAUCGUCGACGAUGCGUGUGGGUUCCAGGUCCAGUGAUCGUCGGGGCAGGGCCUUCCGGUCUCGCCGCCGCGGCUUGCCUGAAACAGAAAGGGGUCCCUACUUUGAUUCUAGAAAGAUCGGAUUGCAUAGCUUCUCUGUGGCAGCACAAAACCUACGAUCGCCUUCGUCUUCAUUUGCCCAGGCAAUUCUGCGAGCUUCCGUUGAUGGGUUUUCCGAGUGAUUUCCCGACAUACCCGACGAAGCAGCAGUUCGUACAGUACCUGGAGAGCUACGCAGGGACGUUCGACAUCAGGCCGAGGUUCAACGAAACGGUGAGGCAGGCGCAAUUCGACGCCACGCUUGGGUUUUGGCGAGUGGAAAGCGUGGACAAGGCGGAGAAGAUGACGGAGUACUUGUGCCGCUGGGUGAUCGUGGCGACGGGAGAGAAUGCGGAAGCAGUGGUGCCGGAAAUAGAAGGAAUGGGGCAAUUCGGAGGGGAUAUAAGGCACACGAGCUCGUAUAAGAGUGGCGAGGAGUUCGAAGGGAAGAGAGUGUUGGUGGUGGGAUGUGGGAAUUCCGGCAUGGAAGUGUGCUUGGACCUCUGUAACCAUAAUGCUGCUCCUUCUCUUGCGGUCAGACAUACAGUACACAUAUUGCCGAGGGAGAUGCUGGGAAAAUCGACGUUCGGAUUGUCGAUGUGGUUGCUGAAGUGGGUGCCGAUGAGGGUGGUGGAUGCGUUGCUUCUGAUAGUGUCGUGGGUGAUGCUUGGCGACACAUCUCGCUUCGGACUGAACCGCCCCGCCGUGGGUCCCCUUCAGUUAAAGAACCUCUCCGGCAAGACCCCCGUCCUUGAUGUCGGCACGCUCUCCAAGAUUAAAUCUGGCCACAUUCAGGUGCGUCCAGGCAUUAAGCGGCUAAAACGACAUGCCGUGGAAUUUGUCGACGGCAAGACUGAGAGCUUUGACGCCAUUAUACUCGCAACUGGCUACAAAAGCAACGUCCCCUCCUGGCUAAAGGAAGGGGAUAUGUUCAGUGAGGAAGAUGGAUUCCCAAGGAGGCCAUUCCCAAAUGGUUGGAGAGGUGAAAAUGGAUUAUACGCAGUGGGAUUCACGAAACGAGGAUUGCUGGGAGCAUCCAUGGAUGCCAAGAGAAUAUCUGAAGAUAUUGAGAGAUGUUGGAAAGCCGAGACAAAGCAUCUCAGUACAUUGGCCUCCUCAUCACUUUUGCCACUACCCAAUUCAUGAUUCACAGUGACACCAUAUUAAAGUUGAACUGUACAUGACUCUAUAUAUGGUCAUGGGAGGCCUUUGGUGGUGGCAUCACACAUGGGCUCCUCUUUCAGUGCUUGUACCACACAUUGUUGCUCCUCCAUUCAAAUCCGUGCAUAUGUGAAAAAGCGGGCACUUAUAUAUAUAUCACAAAGAUUCUUUCAACUAUAUAUGGAGCCCCUCAUCAUCAGCUUUUCAAGGACUCAUCAGUCUGCCACGACGCUCUCACUGGCCGAGAGAGCAGAGGACACAUUAUUGAGUUUUUAUAACAAAGCUUACUGGCUUUCGUUCCUCUUUUUGCCCGCAGGGGGAUGACCCCCUCGCCAGCUGAUUAUAUCGGUAAAUCUUUUACAUUACAGAUCUUAUCUUUAGGUUCGACUCAUCAUCACUUUACAGAAGGAUUUCAAAUAGAGUGACAGCCAAAGAGGGUUGGGAUGUGAUUGACAAAGCUAUGCUUAUAUAUGACCUGUGCUUACUUUGACCUCUACAUUUUUCUAAUAAUAAUUUAUUUCUGCGGAUUUUUC